AUGAAAACCCAAAUUCUAUACAUAUUCAACCUACGAGACGGUCAUGGUCCACCGAUACGGAAUUCCAGCGUUGAUAAUUGUUACGGUCCGUCGUUUAGAUUGAGUACGGAAGGUUAUAAUGUGCAAUCACGAAAUUCCAAUGAUGCUUUUAUCAAACCUCCAAGGCCUGGAGAGUCUCCAUUGCAACCUUCGAGCGAUCCAGUUAUCAUGAUUGUGGGUUUGAUCAUGAUAACUUUGGCUACUUUCGAAG